AUGUAGGUUGGGACUGUCUUAAAUGCUGAGGAUGCUAGAAAAGCAAUAAAAGCCGGGGCCCAGUUUCUCAUGAGUCCUUGUACAGUCAUGGAAAUAUUAGUUGAUAUUCAAGAUAAUGAAGUUCUUUAUAUUCCAGGAGUCAUGACACCAACAGAAGUGUUGUUUGCAUAUACUGCUGGCGCAAGAAUUGUCAAGGUUUAUCCAGUCUCGAUGCUAGGUGGAGAUAAAUACAUAUCAGCUCUCAAGAAACCAUUUCCUCAUAUUCCAAUGGUUGCUUCCCAAGGCAUUGCAACAGAUUCAAUAGAGAGGUACAUUGGAGGAGGGGCUUCAGCAGUUGUAUUAUCAGAUGCUAUAUUUGAGAAAGAAGCAAUGAGACAAAGGAAUUUUGAUGAAAUAAAAAGACUUGCCUAUCUUGCCACUUUGCAUGCUGAUCGAGCUAGAAGACCAUGAGGACAAGAUUCCUUUUCCACUAUAGGUGUAAACUUAAGUUCACUGAGGCAUCUUUCAAGUCUUCACAAAAUAGAGGAACCUCCAAAGAGCUUGAGCAGUUCUCUCUAUGAUGUAUUUGACUGCUCCAAGUGGCUCUGAUGAGAAUUUUAAGUACAUGCUGCCCCAAGGAACAUCAAGAUUCAGUAAAUCAUCAUUUUAUCUUUUAGAUAGGCAUGCACAUCACUGUUAAUCUACUCUUUGAGCAUCCUCUAGGAUCCUCGGUGCAUGAUCCAGCAGGCCAACAAUUGAGCCUUACUGAAUGCUCAGAGAAAAUCAAGAGACACACUGCUUGAUAGACAACGGAAAUCUUUUGGACACUUUCUUUUAAAGGUCUUGGUGCUGAUUAAAUUUCUGCUAUAACAGUUUUUUUUGAACAAUUUUUCAUCUUUCUAUGAAUUAAUGUUCUUGUAGCAAAACCCGGUUUAUGCCACAUGCCGGACAAAAUACACUUUCUGCUCCAUAUUGUUUUUUCAAAAGAUUGCUAUCCCAUAUCUUAGACGCUGAAUUGUAAAAUUACAUGGGUGGAGAUUUUAAGGAUAGCUGACAGCUACAUGUAUGAUCGUACGGUCGAAGAAACAUGGUAAAUUUUUCUGCUCAUAUACCCGUGCAAAUAUAGCUUAUUACAAAUCCAAUAUUUGCAUUUCUGUUGAUUUUCCCGAUCUAU